GAAAGCGUGUAUGUGAGGUAGAGGUAUUUUGCAUAAUGACUACAAGAUCAGAACCCUCCACAGAUGAAAACCUUUCCUCUGCCUUGGAAAGAUGUUUGGGAAUUCUUAAAGCAGCAAAGAAUGACAGUGAGCAGUUUGCUGCACUACUACUGGUGACAAAAUGUGCCCAAGCUUCAGAUCUGGAUGAUGAAACUAGGCGCAGAAUUUUCGAUGCAGUUGGUUUCUCCUUCCCAAACCGGCUUCUUUUCUCGAAAUCUUCAUCUGAUGGGUGUCCUGAGUACUUGCUUCGAAGUCUUGGCUUAACCUUGUUGGCUUGUUUUUGCACUGACCCAUCUCUGGCCAGCCAUCUUCAAGUUCUUAAUAAAAUUCCAAUUCUCAAUGAAACUGUAAGUGCACCAAGCCAACCAGAAAACAAAAAUGAGUCUUCCAUGGCAGAGGAUGCCUAUCAGUGUUUCAUGGGUAUCAUGGCUGCUCCUGGGGGGAUCAAACACUUGGUAUCUGGUGGCACCAUAUCUUCUUUAUGUCAAGCUUAUUUGAACCGCUGUCAUGGUUGGGAACAUGCUCUUAGAAUUCUAACCACUUUGCUCACCUCUAUGCCAGAGAAAUCCUGGAAGAAGGGUCGAAGAGAACUUCAACUCCUAUUGGUUAGGCUGAGUGAAGAAUUCAGUAAAGAAGAGGACAGUCGUAAAUUCCACCUAGCAGACAUUCUUCCUGUGUUUCUACCUCCUUCACCCAUUUUGACUGAGACUUCUUGGGGUAAAGACUGCUUAAAUAAUCUUUGUAGGGGUUUAUUUAAAGUUCUUCGAAAUAAGCUUAUUGCUUCCCAGAGAGACCCGGCAUUAAAGCUUGGAGCUUGCCUGUCUCAAGUUUAUGGAUCCUCCUGGAUUUGCACUGAAGGAAACGAGAAGGGCAAAUUUUUCUGUUUACUGGUAAAUUUGGCUUGUGUUGAGAUCAGGAUGGCACUGGAGGAUCCUAAUCCACUCAGUUCCAGUCAAGCCAUUACAACAGCUUGUUACUCCCUGGUAGAGAUGGGCAUUCAAGAGUGUGCAAAAGAAGAGGUAUGUCCCAUGCUUAAAGAGGACCAGAAGUUGCAGCUUCUUCAAGUUAUACAAGAGGCCUGUGGAGCAGUGAUGUACUACUUACAGCAGGUUGGGUUGGGGAAACAUGAGGAUCCAUUUGUGCUGGCUUCUGUAAGAUUACUAGGAGCAUGGCUGGCAGAGGAAACCUACUGUCUCAAGCAAGAGGUCAUUCAGCUUCUUCCUUCCCUGAUACAUUAUAUGAGGACUUUGUAUCAUCUGGGUGCUACCUGUAGAGCUCAACCUAAGGAAGUGUCUCAGGUGGCAUUACUGUGCAGCAACUGGGGAGCAGUAUGGCCAGGAGAUGCCAUCAGAUUCCUGCUUCCUGCUAUGUGCCAUCUAAGUGCAGAAGAAGCACCGCGAAGGAUACUGAUCUCUGAAGGGGUCCCUGCAUUGCUCUGUGACUACUACAGACAGCAGUGGGAGGUGUUUUCAUUCAAGGAUGAUUUGCCAGCAGAAACAAGACGUGAGGCAGAACUGAGUAUGCAAAGCUGCUGUGGGGUCUUCCUCAACUUAGUGGUGACCGAGCCAACACUUGUUGGCCAGGAAAGCUGCUUUGUGACUUUGUUGAAGCUUCUGAUCCAGUCUCUUCCUGCUCUGUUAAAAAACGAAGGAAACAUGACGCUGGUAGCAAAUAUUUCUACUUUGGGGCUGAUGAUAAGCCGGUUAUUAGCUGAAACUCCAGUUUUGCAGGAAGACGUGUCCAGGGAUUUCUUCAAGGCUGUCAUUCAGUUUUUAAGCCGUUCUCAUGUUGCAUUCGACGACACUGACACAGGAAAACAUCACAUGAUGCUUUGUGAUGAAUAUUCUAAUGUCUGGGCAGACAUAUCUGAACUGUGGUUCCUUGGAGUACAAGCAUUCUCUGCCUGCAUUCCUCUGUUGCCCUGGUUGUCCUCAUUAGUACUAGAGUCUGGCUGGUUGCACAGUGUGCUAUCUCUUUUGGGCCAGGUUUCACCAGAGUCUAUCGACUUUGACGUUGUGACUGUGCUGCAGGCCCUUUUCACUGAACUGGCUCGGAGCAACGUCUCUUGCAGAGAAGUCAUCCUGCAGCAGGAAGGGUUGGAGAAGGCCAAUAUUUAUGGAAUGGCAGCUCUAGAACAAUGCUUGUCUGAGAUACAGUGA